AUGGCGAAGAAAAGCAGAACUGUUGGUGACGAGAUCGCCAAGAAGCUUUCAAAGCCCGUUUUCAAGGACGUUGAUAUUGAGAACGAGGGUGGAUACACUUCUGAAAGCAGUGACGAGGAGACUUUCACCGGAGAAUAUGUGCAGAACAAGAGUCGGUUGAGGGGGGUUGAUGUUGGUGCUGGCUAUGAGGGGGAGAAGGUGAGUCGUGGGGACGUUUACAGCGAGGAUGAAGAGGAAGAAGGAGAAGGGAGCAGUGUGGAGUCGAACGAUUCUGAUAUUCUGGCAGAGGUGACCGAUAGUGACGAAGCAGAAGCAGAAGAAGAAGAAGAAGAAGAAGAAGAAGAAGAAGAGGAAGAGGAAGACCGCUACGACGACCCCUCUUUGCCUUCACAGGACGAGUCGUACAAACGCAACAAGAUCGCACAGCUCCUGGAAGAGGAGAAGAAGCAGAUCGUCUCACGACUGUCCUCGACGGCCAAGUCCGAUGCGCUAAAAGGAUACGCCAUUUCGAGCCAAAACCGCAUAUUUGACCUCAUUCUCGACAGUAGGAUCAAGCUCCAAAAGGCGAUGGUCGCGGCAAACCAGCUCCCGUCCAACACAGAAACAUACGACUCCUUGAGCAAAAAGGAGAAAAAGAGAAUCCAACUUGUCCAGGAUAAAAUUCUGGAGCUUGCCGAGAAAGCCAUGGAUGUGCGAAGACAGAUCUACUCGAAGGACAAGGUCGAGGCGCCAGCUGCCAAGUCCAGGAAGAGAACGCUGGAUGAUGUUUUGGACGAAACAGAGAAACUGGACACCGCUUUGGAGCCAUAUAAACGCAGUGUCUUGGUGAAAUGGUCGGCCAAAGUCCAGGCAGCUUCUGGAUCGGCAGCGUUGCAAUCGGGCAAGCUGCAAACCAUCAACCAGGACUCCUACACGCAGGUCGAGAACAAUUUACAGGACUUCGAUCGUUUGCUGAAACGCACCCAGUUGAAUCGUCGUGGAAUCAAGCCUAUUGGGGCUGAAAAUGACGAGGACAUGAUCUUAUUUGAUGACGACGACUUUUACCGUGUUUUGCUGAACGACAUGGUGGACAAGAAGAUCACCGACAAGGCAGCCUCAUCUGCGGCCAUCGUGACGAUGAGCUCGAACAAGAUCCACAGAAACUACGAUCGCAGAGCCACUAAAGGAAGAAAGCUCAAAUACACCGUUCAAGAACCGUUGCAGCAGUUUGAGGUACCAAAACGGAGCGGAUUUGCAUGGAAUGACGAUCAGAUCGACGAGUUCUUUGCUUCGUUACUGGGUAGAAAAAUCGACAUGGGUGAAAAGGCCGAAGAGUUGGAGGUUGAAGAAGGAGAAGCGAUUUUAAAAUCCGAUCUCAAAUUGUUUGGAUAA